GAAGUCCGUACUGUUUUAUAUACCUUUAGGACGGGAUAUCUCAUAUCCAGUGGACAAAUUUCGGUGGCGCAAAUCUUCAUCCAUUAUACUUUUUGUUAACCAUCCAAAUGGGGUCGAGCUAAGGGUUCAACAACGUCAACGUGUGUUAGGUUAUGGGCUUAUUUCAUUUCAAUUUAUUUUAAAAACAGUCAAAAAAUGAUCUGUUCAAUUGAAAGAUCUGACCAAGAUCUGUAUAAUUACUACUGAAAUGGCACCAGAGAUGGAGGCAACAACUGGCUGGAAGGUGUUUAAUGACAGCGUACAUGGACACUUUGAGCUGCACCCGCUCUGUGUUUUGGUGAUCGACACACCACAGUUUCAGCGACUGCGGCACAUCAAACAGCUGGGUGGCACCUACUAUGUGUUCCCAUCAGCUGCGCACAACCGGUUUGAGCACUCACUCGGGGUGGCAUACCUGGCCGCCGAGCUGGUGUCGACUUUGCGCCGGAACCAGCCGGAGCUGAACAUCACCGACAUUGACGUGGUGUGUGUCAGUCUGGCCGGUCUGUGCCACGAUCUGGGCCACGGGCCGUUCUCUCACAUGUGGGAGACGUUCAUGGAUCAGGUGCGGCCAGAGCGCCACUGGAAGCACGAGGCCACCUCCGUGGAGAUGUUUCAGUACAUGCUGGAGCAGAAUGGUCUGAUGGAGAGCUUCACUGCUUUCGAGCUGACUGAGCUGGAUAUCACCUUCAUCAAGGAGCAGAUCGCCGGGCCCUGUCCGGACACGGGCAAAUACGUCGGACGUACCGGCAAGAAAGCCUUCCUGUAUGAGAUCAUUUCCAACAAGCGUAACGGCAUCGACGUGGACAAGUGGGACUACUUCUGCCGCGACUCUCACCUGCUGGGCAUCAACAUCAGCUUCGACUACAAGCGCUGCCUGCUGUACAGCAGGGUCAUUGAGGUGGAGAAUGAGGGCUUCCAGAUCUGCACCCGUGAUAAGGAGGUGGGCAACAUGUACGACCUCUUCUACACGCGCUGGGUGCUGCAUCGGCGUGCCUACCAACACCGGGUCUGUCGCAUUGUGGAGCGCAUGUUCUGUGACCUGCUGGCGCUGGCCGACCCGUACCUGCUGUUGCCGGACCCGUCGCGUCCCGACUCUCCUGGAGUACGCAUGUCGGAGGCGUGCGACAACAUGGGUGUCUUCAGCCAGCUGACGGACCACGUGCAGCAGUUGGUGGCGCAGAGCGUGACCGAGGAGCUGGAGCCGGCGCGCCGCCUGCUCCGCGACAUCCACACUCGCCGCCUGUACAAGUUCGUCUGCGCCAGCCAGCCGACGGCUAAGGACGGGAAAGAGAUCGACACGGAGGCGAUCCGCUGCGGCGUGGGCGCUCUCCUGCAGCCCGAGGACGGCCUCUCGCCGGACGACCUCAUGGUGGACGUCAUCAGCAUCACCUACGGCAUGGGCAACCGCAACCCCAUCGACUGUGUGCGCUUCUACAGCAAGGAGAACCCGAACACGGCCAUGAUUAUCCGUCGCUCGGAUGUGUCCCCUCUGCUGCCCGAUAAGUUCCGUGAGACCUACGUCAUGAUGACAUGCCGUCAGCGGGAGAAGAACAAGGUAGCGGCGGCACGUGCUCGGUUCGAGGAGUGGAGCAGCUCGAAUCAGUACAGCCUGCCAUCGCGGGAGCUCUGGUUCGGCCGCAUGUCUCCAGUAAAGGGCGGCGAGGAUGAGACCCUGGGCGAGCUGGAGCAGACGGGCCGCCGGCGCAACCUCUCCCUCAGACGGAGUGUCAGCAGCAACAUCGACCUGUGAUCAGGGACCGGCGCGCCCGGCCCGUGAGCCAGCAGCCGGUGCGGCGGCCAUCGAACCAGGAGUCAUGCUAGUCUGGAAACAAAACAGCGUACUUGCGUAUAUUCGGUACACGCACCUGCGCAAACAUCAUGCGCUGUGUUUUACGUUGAUUUUAACGGCCACCCUAGGUCCGAUUUGAUAUUAGCUGGUUGUUGUUUAUGUAAUUUUGCCUGCAAGUACCAUUUUGUUUGAGAGUUUAUUUAAUUCAGAAUGUGCUAGCUAUCAACAGAUCUUAAAGUGACGCACAAUGAAGCGACUUGUCGCUCGAUCAUUCUUGCUACGUGUUUCCACUUAGAUGUUGCUAUUUAUUAUUUGUGUGAUUCCUUGCUACAACGGCAAGAUGAUUAUACUUUGCCUUGGUUGGUUUGAUGUCUCAACUUUAUUGAUAGGACUUAUGUGAUAGAGAUGAACCUCUUAAAAUAAGUUUAUGCUCAUUCCAUUACUCCUCUUGCUUGCUGAUCUGGAUUUCAGGGAUGACUUUCGCUGCCCAGUGCC